CAAUUAGUGAAAGAAAAGCAAAGAUCAUAGUCCAAGGACAAUCCAACCUCAGGAAUUUUGACGUUGGGAAUCUACUAAUGAUUCGUUUAUUGAGAAACGCUUCCGUUUCUUGUAGCAGAUCCUCGCUAAUUCGGAUCGUUUCCAUUGGCACUGCGGGUUCGGGUCUUCUUUAUUGGAAUACGAACCCAGAUUCCGAAACAACUGUGAAGCUGUCAAUUCCUGUACCAUUGCGUGAACACCUUUCAUUUCAAUGGCGCCGGCCGUUUCUUUCCUCUUAUCAUUGGGAAAUUGUUUAUGUUUUGUAUGCAUUUGUAGGAAAUUUGCCAUUGUUUUCAUCAAGAGUUAGUGCUGCUCCAGCUGGGGAUACUACAAAAGAAGCCCCAGUAGCGGUUGGGGAUGAUAAAAAACCAUGUUGUGGAUGUUUAAGUAGAGAUUCUAUUGCAAAUGCAGCUGCAAAGGUUGGUCCUGCUGUUGUCAAUCUGUCUGUCCCACAAGGUAUCUAUGGGAUUACAACUGGAAGGAGUAUUGGUUCUGGAACUAUUAUUGAUGCAGAUGGUACAAUUUUAACAUGUGCGCAUGUUGUGGUUGAAUUUCAAGGCAUGCGAUCCACAAUCAAGGGGAAGGUUGAUGUGACUUUGCAAGAUGGCCGAACGUUUGAGGGUACAGUAGUGAAUGCUGAUUUACAUUCUGAUAUUGCAAUUGUCAAGAUCAAAUCUAAAACUCCACUUCCAACUGCAAAAUUUGGUUCGUCAAGCAAUCUUCGUCCUGGGGACUGGGUGAUAGCCAUGGGUUGCCCUCUUUCCCUUCAGAAUACUAUUACAGCGGGUAUUGUGAGUUGUGUUGAUCGUAAAAGCAGUGAUUUGGGUCUAGGAGGGAUGCGUAGAGAGUAUUUGCAAACGGAUUGUGCAAUCAACGCGGGAAAUUCUGGUGGCCCCCUUGUUAAUAUUGAUGGGGAGAUCGUUGGAGUUAAUAUUAUGAAAGUGGUAGCUGCAGAUGGAUUGAGUUUUGCUGUACCGGUUGACUCGGUUUCCAAAAUUAUAGAGCAUUUCAAGAAUAGUGGGAGAGUUAUUCGGCCUUGGCUUGGAUUGAAAAUGCUUGAUCUUAAUGAGAUGAUCAUUGCUCAGCUUAGAGAAAGAGAUGCCAAAUUCCCUAAAAUUGAGAAAGGCAUUCUUGUACCUAUGGUAACCCCAGGUUCCCCAGCUGAUCUAGCUGGAUUCCGUCCAAGUGAUGUUGUUGUUGAAUUUGAUGGGAAACCGGUUGAAAGUAUCAAGGAGAUUGUUGAGAUAAUGGAUGAUAGAAUCGGGAAACCUUUGAAGGUUGUUGUGAAAAGAGCAAAUGAUGAAGAGGUGAUGUUGACUGUGAUCCCAGAGGAGGCCAAUCCAGAUAUGUGAGAGACUGUAAUUCAUCUCUAUGUUGUUUGUUUUUUACAGAUUUUGAGAAAGAAAGCAAUAGAAAAAAAAACACUGGAAAGUCAAUUGUAUGCAUUUGAUUCAAACUUUGGGUAGGAUCAUAGAUAUGAUUGCAUCCGGCCAUUUGUAUUAUCGUGUUAUAAUUUUGUCGGGUUUAGGUAUGAUAUUAACAGUUAUACAAAAAAA